CGGGGCCCCGGCUGCGCGCCCAAUCGGGGUGACGCUUUCGUCUAGCCGGGGACUCGUGGGGUAACUAGCACUACGGAACCAGCACCAUGGCGUCGGGCUGCAAGAUUGGCCCGUCCAUCCUUAACAGCGACCUGGCCAAUUUAGGGGCUGAGUGCCUCCGGAUGCUAGACUCUGGGGCAGAUUAUCUGCACCUGGAUGUAAUGGACGGGCAUUUUGUUCCCAACAUCACCUUUGGUCACCCUGUGGUAGAAAGCCUCCGAAAGCAGCUAGGCCAGGACCCUUUCUUUGACAUGCACAUGAUGGUGUCUAAGCCGGAACAGUGGGUAAAGCCAAUGGCUGUAGCAGGAGCCAAUCAAUACACCUUUCAUCUAGAGGCCACUGAGAACCCAGGGGCUUUGAUUAAAGACAUCCGGGAAAAUGGGAUGAAGGUUGGCCUUGCCAUCAAACCAGGAACUACAGUUGAGUAUUUGGCACCAUGGGCUAAUCAAAUAGAUAUGGCCUUGGUUACGACAGUGGAACCUGGGUUUGGAGGGCAGAAAUUCAUGGAAGAUAUGAUGCCACAGGUCCAUUGGUUGAGGACCCAGUUCCCAUCUUUGGAUAUAGAGGUCGAUGGUGGAGUAGGUCCUGACACUGUCCAUAAAUGUGCAGAGGCAGGAGCUAACAUGAUUGUGUCUGGCAGUGCCAUUAUGAGGAGUGAAGACCCCAGAUCUGUCAUCAACUUACUAAGAAAUGUUUGCUCAGAAGCUGCUCAGAAACGGUCUCUUGAUCGAUGAAAUCAUAAGGAAUCCAGAGUUUGUGUUCAUGAAACCUUUUUACUGGAAAACAGGAAUAUUGACUACCAAAUCAUA